AGGAGAAACCGUAGUUGCCUAUACAUAAAAACCGGGUACAACUAAUAGAAACCGGAUUUGAGUAUAUACAUAAAAACCAUGUACAAAGUAUAGAAACCGGAUUCGAGUAUAAUUGUCUGAAUACUAUUUUUGUCGACUUACAGGGACUUCGUUAGGUGAACCCGGUGGAGAUGAGUAAUGGCUGAGAUUUGCCAACAUUUUUUCUCUUAUCUUACGAUUCUUGUAGUCACCUACUCCCUAGGUUGUUUGGAGGAACCGGGAAUUGAAUCUGAAACUUUUUUUUUCAUUGGGAGAAAAAAAAUCAAAAGCAAAAAUGAAAGAAAAGAAACAAACUUUGCUUGAAAAAAACAUAAGAAACAGAACACAUGUUCGUUAUUACACACAUGAAAGAAACGACAAAGGUUGUUGUAAUAAGGAGAGAAAAGAGACCAAUUUUAAUGGCGGUGACUCGGAAUCCACAUGAUUUGAGGAUGAGACCGAUGCUACUUGUCGUACUCGUACUCACCUACUCCCGUAGGUUGUUUGGAGGAAGUGGGAAUUGAGACCGAUUCGGGGAAUAAUAUUAUUACAGAUCCCUUUGGUUUUUUUGCAUAAAAGAGAAAGAAAGUCUUAAUUCUUUGCAUUAUUGACACUUUUUGUGUGCAACUGUCUGUUUUAAGUAAUCACGUCUGACGUGUAACAGAUACUGUACUUUGAUUUUCCUGUGGAAAUAAGGACUGUCUUGGUAUUACCUAAAAAAAUACAGUGUCUUACCCAUCUACCUAAUUAUCUCCUAUAUUUUUGCUAUCUAGUGCAAAUCCCCUAUAAUAAAUCCCAAUAAAAAAUCAUCUUCCUUACAAUGUUAUGAAAUGGGAUAACUAAGAAAACAAAAAUAAAGAAGCAAAAUCAAAUAGUUUUUUUCUUUCUCCUUUUCGAUCUUUGAGUGCAUUAUACGGACGACCAUCAUGGUAGCAAUAUACGUUUUUCUAUAGAAAAAAACGUAGGAAAAGACUGAAGGAAUAAAUAAAUAAAUAAAUAAAUAAAUAAGAAGAAAAAAACAUCUAAAAUGUAAAAUAGAACAUAAGUCACAGAAUAAAGAAGCAGAUACAUAUUUGGAGAAAUCGUGGAUUUUUACAUCAAUUUUGGUACUGUUAUUUAUAUUUACCUUUUUAGAAGAAUAUUUUUACAGAUACAUAAAAUAUGAGAUUUCUUUAAAAAGACAAAAGAUUUCUCUAUCAUUAUUAUAUAUAUAUAUAACUGUUUAAAUAAAUAAUAAUACAAAAUAAACUUUUUAAAUAGCUUUCGAAUUAUACAUUUCAAUUUCAUUUUUUAUAAAGUUUUUAUUUUUUUUUUGAAAUUCAAAAAAAAAAUUUAAACUAUUUUAAAUUGUUUUAUAUAAUAUUUUAAGUAUUUAUUUAUUUAUUAAAAUCAUGAGCUUCACCUUUCAAAAUUUCACCCCUCAAAUCUAAACUUUAAGUUUAAAUUAGUUAACUUAGAGCUAUAAUCUUUAUAUAUCUUUUUGAAACUAAAAGUAAAUGUGGCUAAAGUAAACAUAAAAAAUGAUACUAAGAAUGUAUUUCUACAUAUUUUUCCAUAUUUAUAUCAUUAACUAAGAAAUUAUUUAUAAUAAUAAAAAGAAACCAUCAUUGAAGAUUGAAGAAUAAAAAUCAGAUCUGGAGUAUGAAGUUUCUGAAAAAGAGACUACAUUAGCAGCAACAAAAUCUCAGCACGAUAAUAAAAUCUAAUACUAUUUGUUUGUUUUUUCUUAUAGUAUUAUCUUUUUUUUGUAACACUCUUAUAUUAUUAUCUUACUAUUUAUAAAGAAGCAUCAAAACUCAGGGGGGAUGAACUUUGGUAAAAGGAUGUCAAUUUUUCACGUGGACCCUUUAUCCAAUCCUGGUCCACACGUCGGACCCACUUUCCCAUGCACACAGCCCACAACAUAUUCAUUUCUAUAUUUGUUCAUAUACUCAUAAUAUUUAUUUUCUCAUACAACUAACUAAAACAACGUAUAAUAUUUUAACAGCGCAAUGAGCCAUGCAUUGACCUAAUAUAGUAACCAAAGUAAAUGCGAAUCAUCAUAGUAUAUUUGUAGUAUUAGCUAUUUCAAUAUUCUUCGACGACGCUUCCUUUGGGGUCAUUGUGUGUUAAGUUGACCCAUACACACAACCCAUAUUACUUGCCAUACACCUGCCCAUAUACUAUAAUUAAUCCCCUGAAACACGCAUUCUACAGAUAUUAUUUUUAUGUGUUACCCAAAUAAAAAGUGACAAUAAAAUAAUAUCAUAUGUGACACUUGCUGUUUCUUUAUUUCCCUCCCUUCACUCUCUCUCCUUCUUUCUAUAUAUGUACACACGCAUACAUACACACACCACAAACACAACAUCAGACUAUCUCUCAAAAUACAUUUUCUUGUUUCUCCAUUGUUUCCAUAAGAAAGUUUCAAGAAACAGAACAAAAAAAAAUCAAGAAGUCAAUGGAAGUGAGUAGCGUAGACGAGAGUACAACGAGUACAGGUUCCAUAUGCGAAACUCCGGCGAUGACGUCGGCAAAGUCGUCGGUGAAUCUACACAGGAUGGGAAGCGGAUCUAGCGUGGUGCUAGAUUCGGAGAACGGAGUUGAGGCGGAGUCGAGGAAGCUUCCCUCGUCCAAGUAUAAAGGCGUAGUUCCUCAGCCGAACGGACGAUGGGGAGCUCAGAUUUACGAGAAGCACCAGCGCGUGUGGCUAGGUACUUUCAACGAGGAAGACGAGGCGGCGCGUUCUUACGACGUGGCGGUUUACAGGUUCCGAGGACGAGACGCCGUCACGAACUUCAAAGAGGCGAGGCUCGACGACGGAGAGGUCGAGUUUUUGAGUUCUCAUUCGAAAGCCGAGAUCGUCGAUAUGCUGAGGAAGCAUACGUAUAGCGAGGAGCUCGAGCAGAGCAAACGGCGAAGAAACGGUAACGGAAACACGGCUAGGACGUUGACGUCGUCGUUGAACGGCGACGGCGUUUCGACGACGGAGUUUAGAUCAGCGGAGGCUCUGUUUGAGAAAGCGGUAACGCCAAGCGACGUUGGGAAGCUAAACCGUCUUGUAAUACCGAAACACCACGCGGAGAAACAUUUUCCGUUACCGUCGAGUAACGUUUCCGUUAAGGGAGUGCUGUUGAACUUUGAGGACGUGACGGGGAAAGUGUGGAGAUUCCGUUACUCGUAUUGGAACAGUAGUCAAAGCUAUGUGUUGACCAAAGGUUGGAGCCGGUUCGUUAAGGAGAAGAAUCUACUUGCUGGUGAUGUGGUUAGUUUCAGCAGAUCCGAGGGUCAGGAUCAACAGCUAUAUAUUGGGUGGAAAUCGAGAUCCGGACCGGAUGUAGAAACGGGUCGGGUUUUGAGACUGUUCGGAGUCAACAUUUCACCGGAGAGUUCGAGAACCGAAGUCGUAGGGAGCAAGAGAGUGAACGAUACUGAGAUGUUGUCGUUGGUGUGUAGUAAGAAACAACGCAUCUUUCACGCCUCGUAACAACUCCUCUUUCCUUUUGUUUUAAUAUGUUUUUAAUUCCACUUUCGAUCUCUUUUCAGUUGAAUCAGUUUCUACUUAUUGCCAAAGGUUCAUGAGUUGUUUUUGUUGUAAUGAUGAACUGUAUAUUUUAUAUUUAGAAUAAAAAGGUUCUUUAGAUC